CGCAAGGCUAGCUCGAAACGGCAAGUCCUCUCACAUCACUUUCACAUCUCAAAUCAUCAUCACUCACCCAUCGACACACUUUUUCAUUUGAGCAUCGGCCGGAGUUAGGGGACAACGUUGGUGCUCCAUGCCAUGCAAAAGACAUACAGGUCUUCCAACUAGCUGAGGCUGAUAUCAUGGUCUACCAUGGCGUUUCGAGGGGCUGCGAAACAUGUAAGCGGAGGCGGAAGAAGUGUGACGAAGCUCGUCCGGUCUGCAAUAGAUGCAUCAAAGCCAAACGCACUUGUCUUGGCUACAAACCAGUGUCCGAUUUGAUUUUUCGAACACAACGCUUCGACAGAGGAAACAACCACCCCAUCAUUCAACAGCUCCACACGAACAAUGGUCACCGUGUCACCGUCGCAAUACGCCGGCCUCCUGUACUUACCCUCACCGAAUGGCACACCAGCGAGUUCGAACAAACAGCUCGAGAUUCCUUCCUCCAAAAUUAUUGCAUCGUCCCAUCAGAUCCAUCCUUAUCUCGCGGCUAUCUGGACGGCCUUCCACGGCUCAUUGAGCACUACGGACCUUUAUCCGAACUUUCUCGAGUGCUGACCAUUGUCGCUUUUGCCAGCUACGGGAACAAACAUCGUCGGCCGGAGGUCGCGGAGAAAGCCAAGAUACUUUAUUUCGAGCUUCUACAGUCGUUUCGCUCAUCCAUCCUGAACGUGAGGACAUCGAAUAUCGUCGGAUCUCUGAUGACUGCUGUGUUGCUGGGCCUAUAUGAAAUCAUAUCGACCCACGAUUCAACUUCAGCGGCGCACAGUACCCACACCAGGGGCGUGUGUGCUUUACUAUCAUCAAGUCAUUCACCAUUCGACAUCAACACUGGCGCUCAGGUUUUUCAGAUGGCAAAUCCACUCCGCCUCAGUUCCGCGCAGUUGCAGCAGUCUCUGAGCAGCUUCGGAAUACUGUGUGCACCUGUGUCCUCGCGCCCAGUGCAAACACUAGAUUCCAUCCUUCUGAAGACAAGGCCUCUCCACGAAAGGAUGCAGCGACUGAUGGAUGCUGACACGAUUGUUCCUGCUGAUGAGGUGCACACGUUGAGAGAAGAGAUGGAGCUACUUGCAGACGAAUACGCACAAUGGCCGCAGAAUCAGCCUCGUGAAUGGUCCCCGAAAACAGUCGGCUUCGCUGACGCCGACUCGAUUACGAGCUCUAUCUGCUGGCAAGGCAAAGUAGAAGGCUACUUUGACCUCUACGUCUCUGCCGUGUGGAACUCCUACCGCAAAGCUCGGCUGUUAUACCUAGAACGGGUUAUCCACUUCGAGGAACAUUUUCGACAGGAUGCCAGAAGGUUUGAUGUUCACCCAACUGACCUACCGAGAUAUCACCCUAGCAAAGGAAUUCCCCUGCAACCUCUGUUCUCACAGAUCCAGGAGCUCGCAACGGAUGUUGCUGCGUCUGUCCCCUUCCAUCUCACCAACUCUGGAAAAGCAUGGCAAUUCCCACUGGGCGGAGAUGCUGCCCAUUUUCCACCUGGGAGAUCUGUGGGUGGUCUCCUGCUUCUCCAUCCUCUCUUCGUCGCCUCAAAACGCUCCACAGUCUCGCCAGACCUGCGAGCGUACUUCCGAAAAUGCCUGGCGUGGGUUGCUACACAUAUGGGCAUCGGGCAAGCGGCCAUUUUUGCUAAGGAUACCGAUGAACUGCCUCUGGGAUUCAUCCGGGACGGGCAUGUUCUGGUAUGGGCCGGAAUGCUCAUCAGUCAAACAUAGGUGUGGUACAAGUCUCGCAGCGAUAAAUCAACCCACCGCAUUUCAGCAAGGUCUCAAGGUUUUUUACAACUCCAGAAGCUUGCCUGGUUGACCUCACUAUCACGACUGCUCUACAACCCUGAGUGCAUCUCGCUGCCGCAUUACGUGGGCGCCCAAACUGGCGCUCCUCAUCAUCGAAACCCAAUCGAGUGCUUCAGAAAGCCAUCUCAGCAGGCAUACCAAACCAAGCUUUGCAAUGAGAGGUUUCUACAACGGGCGGACGAUUGACUGUAACAAGUACAAGCAAUCCCGU